AAAGAAUUACAAGAACAGAGAACUGAUAAACUUCAACAAUUAGGUGAUGAGUUGAGUAGUAAUUUUUUGAAUCAGAUAAAUUCUAUUUCUGAUACUAAAAAAUUAAAACAAUUAAAAGAAGAAAUUAUCAACGAUAAAGUUUUAACACCAUUACAUAAGUUAAUGUUAAAUGGAAAAAUUAAUGAAAAGAUUAUAGAAGAACCUAUACAUCAACCAGAUGAUAAUGUUAAUAAUGAUGAUAUUAAGAAAUCAUUUUUAGAAGAAAUUGAAUCGAUAACAAUAUAUAAUGUAGAGAAUUAUAUUGAUCAAAGUAAUUUAAAGGAACGAAUUGAGAGUUCUGAAUUACCAAGAGGUGAUAAGAUAGAUGUGCAAACAGCUUUAAAUAAUAAGAUAGGAAAAAUAAAUAAUGAUUUAUUUACAUAUUUUGAUGA